AUGCCGCCUCCAAGAGCCGACGACGAGAACCCUCUGCCGCCCGAGGUCAGCGGGUCCAGCCCGUCGGCGCCCCGCAGGUCCAGCAGCGACGUCACCGCCGUCACCGGAGGCACCCAGAUCCAGCAGGCCAAGGUCGGCGGCAUGCCCAUGAGCGGGGAGGCCGCGGGCGCCGCAACCGUCGCGGCGCUUCUGCGGAACCCCCUGAUGGGCAUGUCGGACCAGGAGGUGCUCGACGACGCCGACCGGUUCGUCGAGGACAAGGGCCUGACGGAGCACCGCGAGGCCUUCCGCAAGGGCGCCCUCCUGGCCAAGGUCCUGAACCAGGACAACGGCUUCGAGCGCAUCGACAUCGUGUCCGAAGAGGAGAAGGCCACGCUGCGGCGCGAGGUCUCCAACAGGUGGCACCAGCCCUUUAUGCUCUACUUCCUGUCGGCCCUCUGUGCCGGCAGCGCCAUAGUCCAGGGGAUGGACCAGACCGCCGUCAACGGCGCGCAGGAGUUUUACUUUAAACCUUUCGACAUAGGCGAAGACCAACUUGAGCUCCGUGGGCUUCUUAAUGGAGCACCGUACCUGUGCUCGGCUCUCAUCGGCUGCUGGACGAACCCCAUUCUCAACAAAUGGACAGGCCGCCGGGGCACCAUCUUCAUCUCCUGCUUCAUCUCCGCCAUUACCGGAUUCUGGAUGGCGGCUGCCGACAGCUGGUACAAUCUUCUCAUCGCCCGAUUCGCCCUCGGGUUCGCCAUCGGCGCCAAGUCGAGCACGACGCCUGUGUACUCGGCCGAAUCGACACCAAAGUCCAUCCGAGGCGCACUUACCAUGAUGUGGCAAAUGUGGACAGCUUUUGGAAUCAUGCUCGGCUUCGUCGCAUCUGUCGCUUUUCAACAUGCCGAUUUCCUCGGCGAAAACUCCCAGUGGCGUUGGAUGCUCGCCUCGACCUCGAUUCCCCCGCUAGUCGUCAUGGCUCAGGUCUACUUUUGCCCCGAGAGCCCCAGAUGGUACAUGGGGGAGGGCAGAUUCGACAAAGCCUUUGCAUCAGUAAAACGUCUUCGGCACCUCGAAUGCCAGGCAGCACGGGAUAUGUACCACGCAUACAAGCUCCUCGAGAUUGAGCACCAGCAGCGCGAAGGCCGCAACAUAUGGAAGGAGUUCUUUAUGGUGCGCCGCAACCGCCGCGCCGCCCAGUCCUCGUGGUUCGUCAUGUUCAUGCAACAAUUCUGCGGAGUGAACGUCAUUGCCUACUAUUCGACCGCAAUUUUCCAAGACGCUGGCGCAUCUAGGUCGACGGCAUUGCUGGCUUCGCUUGGCAGCAGCGCCAUCAACUUCGUCUUUGCCAUCCCAGCAAUCUACACCAUCGAUACCUUUGGUCGUCGAAACCUGCUCCUUACCACGUUUCCCCUCAUGGCGCUGUGCCUCUUCUUCACCGGCUUCUCCUUUUUGAUGCCGGAGGAAACGGCCAACGGGGAGAAAAACCCCGCACGCCUGGGCAUGAUCGCGGCCGGCAUAUACAUCUUCAUGAUGGUCUACAGCCCCGGCGAGGGGCCGGUGCCCUUCACGUACUCGGCCGAGGCGUUCCCGCUACACAUCCGCGACAUCGGCAUGAGCAGCGCCACGGCCACCAAGAACCUGACGCUCGAGGAGCUCGACAACGUGUUUGGCGUCAGCAACCGUGACCACGGCAAGUACUACAUGGACAAACUGCCCUGGUACCUGCGCAAGCACGUUCUGCGCCAGGACGCCGACCACUUCCCGCCGCUGUACCAGUUCGCCGAGAGCGAGGGGCUCGUCGAGGCCGACAAGGUGGCCCGCGGGACCGGCGGCGGCAACGGCGGCGGCGACGAGAAGCCGACGGCCCACGAGAACGAGUUGGGCGGCGUCGUGCAGCACGCUUCCAACGCCGAUGACCCGGCCUUUGGCGGUCUAGGUGACGAGAAAACGACCAAGGACUGA